GGGGCGACCUGUAUAACGAUCAUGAUUAUUCAGCGAUUAUUGUCUCAAUUGAAUAUAUUGUAAGUAGAGCAGCGUACGACUAUUAACGAAUUAUCAUUAUUACGCAAUAUUUGGAACAGAAUUAACUGACCUGAUCCAACAAUACGAAUUAACUUCGAUAUUCCCUCCUAUGUCUCCAGCAUUCGAUAUUAUUCCAUAUCCCUAUUCGCAAAUCGGCAUUCGGUAACAAUAUCAUCAACAGAAUCAGCAUUUGUUAAUAAAUACAUCGACCAACAAGACUUCCUUUUACCCCCGAUCAAAAUGUAAGAAGAAUGCGUUUGUGAAAUAAUGCAAUAUCUACUAUCUUUGUGCGACACUGAUAUUAUGUAUUGUAUAUUGAUUGUCAUGUUGUACUCUUGUAUUGCGUAAAAUUUUGUGAAACUUAUUUUGUUAAACUUAUGCAUAAGAAUUUGAUUGUUUAUCUCGUUAUGCUUCUAAUAUUUUGCUACAUUAUUAUAAAGAAAGUUUCUCUCCGUUAACUAAAAUUUUUUACUGUUAUUAUUAUUCAGUUUAUUAUUAUUAAACAGUUCUAUUACUUUAAGAUAUUACCCAAAAUUAUUAAACGGUUUUAUUUUUGUAAAGAAUCGGUGUGUUAUUUAACCCUAUCCCUAAAACUGAAUUAUUCCUACUUUGAACUCUAAUUAGGAAUAUAUUUAACUUAGAAAAAUUAGCAAACGAUUGUUUCUCGUAUCUGUUUUUCAUCGGCGAUAAAUUCCGCAUGUGGCAUCUAAAGCCUACGUUAUGGUAAUACAAGUUCGGUCCAUUGAUACAAAUAACAAUAAUACUUUCUUUCCCCAACCGAAAUGAUAUAGUUACGUAUGUAUAACAUUGUUGUAUGCACAAUUUAGUAUCGUAAUAACAUUCCUGUUACAGUCCCAUCAUAAUGUAACAUAAAUAUCGUUCUCAUUUAUUUCGUUCGUAUGUAGUUUUAAAUUGAGAUGACCGAAUUGGAUAAAUCAUCCUGUAUAUUGAUUUAUUGCCUGACAGAAAAUCAGAUUCUCGGCAAAUCACAAUGCAAUGUAUAAUAUGCUCAAUGGAAUAAUUUAUCAACGGUAGUUACUUCCAUAAUAAAUUUCCGAUUCGAUCGAAACUCUUGAUUAACGAUUAACAAUUGAUUUAAUCUUACCUAAGGAAUUCUUGUUUGUAAUUCUUUUUAGGAAUUUUAUAAAUAAUUUUGUGAGCUAACGACGGAUAAAGGAUGGCAUAACAAAUAUGUUUUAUGAUAUUGUACGGCUUGUAAUGUCGAGUAAUCGUGUACACUGUUACGCGUGGCACAGAAACACCAGCGAUCUAAACCAUACCAGCAUAUCAGCGUUCGCACGUACUUGACCUUGUUUCAGAGAGUUGCGUCUGGUAAAAUAGUGUCGAAACGCGCAUCAAAGUCCAAUGCAAAAAUCACAUAGCGGAUGCCGCACCGGGCAGGAGUUCAUCAAACACCAAGAGAUAGAUGAACGAGUUCAUAGAUCAUCGAGUCCAAGCUUGCUUAAAAUUCCAAAAAAAUAUUCUUGACUUUUAUCUCUGCUGCUUUGAACCACUAUAUUCGUAUCUGCGACUUUUCUUUGGAAACAUUGUCAAUUCCUUACGAAGAGAUCCUCAUCGUUCGGGCAUAACGGUACAUAUUUCAAUACAUACACAUACAUAUCAAAACAUCUUAUUGGUUAGAUUAUUCGAUCUCGUUGAUAGGACAAACGCUUCUUUUCAAUAACUUAUUCGUUUACGUGUGUCUAAGUGUUCUAAAUAUAUCGAAUAUCUCAAAUCUAUUAUAAAAUAUUUGAAUUUUUCUAUUCCACGAUUCAAUACCUCCACUAUGCCUUAACGUACUCCAAUUAUUCACAUAGGAAUUUGUGUCAACGCAUUGUCCACAAGAUGAUGUCACCGUGAACAAUGAUUUUAUUCCGAUCGUAACUUUAAAAUCAUUUAAUUCAGAAACUUUUAAAUUAGUCGAGACAUACGUACGAAAAUUUACAGCUAGAUUAAAUAUUAUUUUUACACAUUAUGAUGUAAUUAUUUGUCAUAAGCCAUGCACUGUCGUUUGACAAUUAAUCUAAAGACAAUCAGAUAGGUUAGCCAAUUCGAUUGACGAAUCGAUCCGGCUGAUACAAUAAAACAAAAAUGAGUGUGAAUCUAAGAUAGCUGUAAGAAAACGUAAAGCUUCAAACGCUUGGUCACGUGGUUUUCGUCAGCCUGGAUUCUAGGAAGAGGAAGCGAAAAUACUCUAGGGAACCAUAAAUUAAGCCUUCUCCAGUAGCGUCAUAAGCUAGAAGCCUCCGAAAAAGAUUUGCGACUGCAAGGUAUAGGAUAUUCCGUAAUACAUUGUGCAAUUAUCAACGUUUAAAUAAGCAGACAAACGUUUAGGAGAUACUUUACGCAUUUCCUACCCUCGCUAAAUAAAUCAUGGCAAUUUUUACGAAAUACAGAUUUCAUCUUUUUCGUUUUUGCUUACGUAACGUUAAAGAUUAGGGAGUUGAUUACGCUUGAGACAUUCCUGCGUAUCAGAAUAUAGACAUGUCCUCUUACUUAUUUAUGUAUAUAGCUACGCGAUAAAUUGAUCGACCUUUAGUUAUUCGGAAAGGCCGACACAGCAAACAUCGUGUCGGAAGUGAAAUUCUGAUAGUGGUUGUGGUAUAUUCGAAUGGAGUAUCUGUCCCUUGGUCUGUCUUUGAUAGCGAUACUGAUCGCUAUCUACUACUGUGCCACAAAGAAUCAUAAUUUAUUCAAGAAACAUGGAAUCCUGCACAUUCCACCGAUGCCAUUGUUUGGAAAUAUGGGAUCCUUCUUCGCAAAACGGUCCACCUUGCAAGACACCAUUUUGGAAGCUUAUGAACUUCAUCCUGAAGCGAAAUAUGUUGGCAUAUACGAGUCACUCACGCCUAUCAUAGUGCUCCGCGAUCUCGACUUGAUCAAGUCCGUCAACAUGAAGAAUUUCGAUCACUUUACCGACCAUCGUAACUUUGUCUUCAAGGACAUGGACCCUAUAUUUGCCGGAAUGCUGUUUUCUAUGAAAGGCGGGCAAUGGAAGGAGCAAAGGAGCAUAUUGUCACUCGCGUUUACUUCCAAUAAGGUAAAGGAUAUGUUCAAUCUGAUGUCCGAGUGUGCUACCAGAUACGCGAACUAUUUGUCGAACCUAGCGGAGAAUGAGCGUGAAAUGGAGAUGAGGGAUCUGCUGACUAAAUAUACCACCGAUGUAAUCGCCACCUGCGUCUACGGUGUAUCUGUCGACACCAUAAAAGAUCCGAAGAACAUAUUUUACACGUAUGGCAGAUCGACCACGUUCACUAGUUUCAAAAAAGAUAUGGCAAUGUUGGCGCAAAGGAACCUGCCCUGGCUGGCGAAGCUCUUUCAGCUCAGAUUUUUGGAGAAACAUAUAGCGAAAUUUUUUACCGACCAAGUGAUCAACACGAUCGAGGAAAGGAAACAGAAUAGCACUUAUCGAUCAGAUAUUCUACAACUAUUCAUAGAUGUAAACGACAAGAAUGGUCCAGGAAAAGGUAUGAGUACGGAAAACAUGGUUAAUCACGCUUUUAGCUUAUUCUUUGGUGGAACUGAUUCCGUUGCAACGCAGACGAGCUUUCUGUUCUACCUUCUAGCCGAAAAUCCAGAGAUUUUGAAAAGACUACAGGAGGAAAUCGACGAAACGUUGGAAAAUAAUAACGGACAAUUGACUUACGAUGCCAUACAGAAGAUGAAGUACUUGGAUGCCAUGAUCAACGAAGCGAUGAGAUUGCAACCAAUUACCGUAUUCUUGGAUAGACUAUGCGUGAAAGAUUUCGAGCUGCCACCAGCCUUACCUGGUGAAAAACCUUUCACCGUAAAAGCAGGAAUGAACAUCUGGAUACCUGUUGACGCAAUUCACCACGAUCCCAAGCACUACAAGAAUCCGCAGAAAUUCGAUCCGGAUAGAUUCCUCGAGAAUGGAAAGAAGAUCAUAAAUUCGGGGGCGUUUAUGCCGUUUGGUUUCGGUCCCAGAAUCUGCAUCGGCAAUCGGUUCGCGUUAACAGAGAUAAAGGUAUUGCUGUGCCACAUUCUCGCCAAGUGCAACGUCAAGAUUGGAUCGAAGAUGUUGCUUCCGUUGCAAUAUGAGGAAGGUGUGAUAACCGCCUAUGCUAAGAAUGGAUUUUGGCUGAAUGUUGAGCCCAGAGAAAAUUCUUGCUGCACGUCUCAAACUAAUGGAACGACAAAGCAUCUGAAUAAUGGAAAUUGUAGAAAUUGAAUUUGCGAAUGAGUGAUCUUUAAUGCGAUUAAAAUCUUCUUCGCGUACGGAGUAGUGUUUUUCGGUUAACUCUAUGUCGGCGGACGUCACGCCGAAUCAGUCGUAACCCACGUGAUCCAUACGUUGGCAUAAUUUUGUUUGGAGCAUACUGAAAAUGUUUUGUAAUAUGAGCCUCGUCCCUUCCUCUCUAUUAGCGAUAAGAAAACUCUUCCACUAUUUCGGUAACAAGGGCAGAAAAGACAUUUUGGAGUAAAAAAAAUUUACUGCGAAUCCAACGACGCAGCGUCCGUCUUUCGAAUGUUAAUCCCAAUACUGACUAAAGAUUGCUAUUUAUUUUACUUAAUGUAAUAUAAGCAAAAUAAAAAGUUUCUUAUAUAAUUCGUGAUCUGAUUGAUUAUUCGCUCGUACUUCGAAAGAUUAAUAUUGUGCAAUGAACAAUUUGCUGAACAUAAUUGUUUCGUUAGAGUUUGACAAAAAAAUAUUCUGUUUUUUAACAAGUUUAUGACGUAAUUGAAACAUUAAGUUCAGAAAAUUUGAUUGGCAUAAAUAUAGAAUGAAAUAAAUUCAAGGAUGCGUGGAUAUACAUAUAACAUAUGUAUACUAACUAUUACAUGAGAAAAGUUCUUUAAUUGCAAUUAAUGAAAGAAAAAUAUCGUGAACUAAGUAAAAAGAGCGACUAAUCAUGAUGAGUAAACAAAUAAAUAGAAUGUUUGACACUUGUGGAAGGAAAAUAUUAUAAUCGAGAAAGUAUUGUUUCGGAUAGUUUGGAAGGUAAUGUUAAUUUUUAUUCCGCAUGUGAAGUUUAACAGAAGCACAAAUUUACUGCGUAAUUAUAUAUCGUUUAUCUGUAAAUUAUAUGUAUAAAUAUGAGUUAUAAUUUUUACCAUAAACAAUAGUCUUCAAAGCUAUAAAAGUAUAUGUUAUACAUUAAUAAAAGUGUCAACAGUAUUUCGCGUUUCGAUAAUUGGUGCAAUUUAUUGUAACUGUAACUUAUUUGCCAUAGUUUUAUCGUAGGAUAUAUACCACUGCGAAGAUGAAGAGGGAAAAAAGGUAGAAGAAGAGCAAGAAAACUAAGAUUCGUUUUCCCUUUUAGCCAUCGUUUCGCGCCUUUUUCCACUAACACGACAAGACAAUACACUGCUUGAAUCCACCCUUACGAUCUUCAGUUCAUUAAUUCUGGCCAAAAGCCGGUCUUGAUGGUGUUGGUUCGAUCGCUAACCUUCGGUCUUGGAGCUUUCCUUUUCAUCCCUUCCACGCACUCACCGUAGCUAAAGUGAAUUACAUUAGAGGGGAGAGGGUAGUUUUAUCGAGUCAACCUGCUAGAUAUUUCCUAAGGCACCUAAGGGUCGUUGGAUCGGAAACGGAUCCUUUAACAACGACCAACCUUCCGAAGAAGUUGCACGAUAAUCUGCACUGGACCAAAUUGCUUCCCCGCUUCGUCGAAUAUAACUUGUUGAUCGUUUAUGAAAAUAUUCGUUGCGUUGUUUCCUAUCUCGGCCAACUCCGUUGCUAUUGUCAACUAUGUAUCUAGUUGUUAUUGUUAACUUCGUUUGGCUGUUGUUAAUGUUGCUAGUCGAGUGUUGGUUUAGAUUGAUUUCCGAAGGAACUUCAUGGUAAAUGUGCGUAGUUCUCGUCGCGUGGACAUUCGUAAGGAACAGAGAUUUUAUUACGACAUUGUUGUUGCUGUAGUAUUAUACCGUUGAAGGUCAUAAUAAAAUGAUUAGAGGUAAUAUAGAGAUUUAUUAUAACGUUAUCUAAGGAUAUCGUACGUUAUUAACAUUAGCCGUGCGAGAAAAUAACUCUUAAUAAAAUACUCAUCUUUCGUCAAUGUGCUCUUCGUCGAAGAGAUUUCCAUAUCUGAGUUUCGUUUCGUAUCUUUUCAAUAGUCGUCAUAGUUAGUUCAAUUAAAGAUUGCCACGUCGUUGCUUCGUUAAUUAUCUUCGAAGAAAAAAUGUCACUGAUAACUUUAUCCGUUUAAAAGUUACAACUAGGUACAAUUACGUAGUUUCAUACAAAAUACUUUUCGCAAUCUAAUCUAGCGAUAUUUAAGUUCCUUGUAAGCUACUCGCGUGUUUUCUAAAAAUAUUCGUAUGGUGUCAAAGAGGACAUAUAAGUUGUUUGUUAUUUUCUUUUUUAUAGUGAUACGAUUUUAUGCGGGUACAACCGCGUACUUACUAUUGACAGGUCAAUUAAUCCAUUGCGUACAUUCACAACGAGUCCUCUUUUGAAUAUUUAUAAAUAGAAUGAUCGUUCCCAAAUAAAAUUCAAAGUAAUUUCAAUUGAAGAUCCACAAUCGCUUCAAAUGGACAUCGAUGGUCGUUUAAAAUUGAAAUCCCCGGUUUGAAAUUGUGACAAAUUACAGUCUACGAUCGUCCCAACGUUUAGUCUUGAACCUUGUAAACAUUCCAAAUUGAACAAGCGGAAUAAGACAGAGGAAAUCGGGUAGCAAUCACAAACUUUCGCAUCUAGAAACUAUAACAUAAUAGACCUAAGAUUAUCUUCGGAGGACAAAACGUUUAGAAUAACCCAAUCAUUUAAUAAAUUUAAUGAAUAUUCAUUGCUUUUCCUCUGGUGUGUUUCAAGAAGUUAUAAAAAGAAAUGAUCAUACGUAUUUAAUCGUCCCAGCUACCGAUCGAAACCCUGUCUAAAGACAAAGUUCGCGAUUCCCAGAAAAUCGAAUAUCAAAUCCAUGAGAGUUCGCAGCAUAUUAUCACAAUUUCUUAAACCACGAGCAUGAAGAAGUAGGUCACAAUUAGGUUGGUGCGAUAUCCGCGUAAUAUUGUGACGAGCAACCAGCUCGUGAUGUAACAGCUUGUAUAUACGCGGGAACUCGCUCAUUAAAGCAACAUUCACAAGGUCGUAUGGCGUCUUUACCACUAGGCGAUCACGUAGUAGAAUAUAUUACACAUACGACUGUUAUACGUAUCUCGACUCCAUGUUACGUGCUGGACAUGCAGAGACGAUGCUGACGCAUCCGGCCAGGAUAAUUGAGAUGGACGCGUAACACGUAUCCAUUAUAUGACCAGGAACACGCCACGAUUCGAUCCUCCUUUUCAUUUCUUCUCCGAUUCGUUUCGCUAAAAUACGAACAGGUUAAACGGUGGCGGAAGAAUUUUCUGGGAUACCCAAAAAAUUCUUCUCUAUCUCUAUUGUCUUUUUCCCCCUUAUUUACGAUCGCGCGGGAAGGUUGGAGAAAGAAGUAAAGAACCUCCAAAACUGAGACAUAUCGGUGCUUAACGGAAAUUGACUCGUAAAAAUAAUACAAUAAAUAAAGAAAAUCGACAAAAAGGAUUGAAAUGUACCUUAGGUAUAAACACAAAGCUGAUCGAAAACUUCUUUAACAUCUUUGAACAAAGAUAUUGUUUUGUUCGCAUUGUUUAAUGUUCAGGAAACGCAAUUGUAUAUCGAAUCUUUUCUCUAUCAGAAAGAACUUUGGAGCCCCAGACGGAGGAUGCUAUCGUUAAUUAUUUAGUUUACGAUACCUGAAACUUGAAAUUUGUGAAACUAGGACAAAGAAGUAUGAUAUAGACAGUAUGGUAUUAUCUUAAAAACAAUAAUGUAAUCUUAUUAUAACAAGAAUCGAUUAUAGAUUAGAAUUAUAAAUUCUAUUUCCCAAUACAAACUUGUAUUUAUUUAGUUUGUUUCUCUAUUUGAACCCAAAAUAUUUUUAUACCAAAUAUUAAUUUUGUUUAAUCAUAUUUUAUUAUAACAGAUACAUUUAUCUAAAUAAUAAAAAGUAUACAGAUGUUAGUAUACAGAGAAAAUCCCGUAAACACGUAUAAAGGAAAAAAAAGCUAUAAAACAUCGAUCGAGUUAUUAGAUCAUUAGAUCUGAUGUACUACAUCAUCCGUCAAGCAUUUGGCAAACCAACUGGAUAAGAGUACGCUUAUAGGAUAUUAGUAAUGGUUAUUUUCUAUAAA